UGCCUCCCGAACCAGGCCCUUCUGUCCGGUUCAGGGAAAUCAAACCCCCAGUUUGGGGUGCUGGGCCGGGUGGUUCCACGUGCAGCUCCGCCCCCGCCUGUGAGCUCCGCCCAUCGGUCCCGCUUUAAACUCGGCCUUCUCCCUCGGACCGGUCAUGUUCCCAGCUACGUUCCAUCUCCCUCCCCCACGUGGAAAGAAAACCAGACUUUCUGCGCGCGUGGUGGUGCACAGCCACGGAGCCCCGCCCGGCGCGAGGCUGCGAGGCGGAAGUGACGCCCGUGCGCUGCCGCCGCUCGCUGGACUCGCUUCUCCUUCCUGGGCUGAUUUGGGGGUCUGUCCUGGCGGCAAUGAGCGCAGACUGAAGGGGAGUCCCUGAGCCCCCCGAGGUGGAAGGUUUCAGCCUGAGCGCCUCCCCUCCACGCCCCCAGCAGGUUCCCUGGAGGGCCGGGCUCGCCGGCCACCUAGUCCUGGCACGGCGCGCCAGGAGGCACGUCCUUCGGGUUUCUUGGCCGUGCGCCCCGUCUUGGGGCGCCUGCACAUUUCCCGUGUGGUCGUUUUCCCCCACAAGAAGGAAGAGACUUUCAGCGGUUUGGAAUCAUGAUGACUCCGUGCCCAGCGCCUUGCAGCCUCAAGGACCGGGCUACCCAGUGGUGUUCCGGAACCCUUCUUUCUGGGAGCCAAAUCUGCUUUCCUGAAGGAAGGGUAAAAACAGUGAGGAUACUGGCCGGCUGCCCGACAGCUUGUUACCAGGACCCAGUGACCUUCGACGACGUGGCGUUGAACUUCACCCCGGACGAGUGGAUUCUAUUGGAUCAGACUCAGAGAAGCCUCUACCGAGAGGUGAUGCUGGAGAACUACGAGAACCUGGCCUCAGUAGGACACCUGCCGAUCAAACCUGCUGUGAUCUCCUGGCUAGAACAGGAGCGCCUCUGCGGGCCGAGGGGAUGCCACCAAGGUGAGUGCCGCUGGCAGCGCAGACACAUUCAGAAUGCCGGGCAGCGUAGUGAGGACGCUUUUUAA